AUGUCCACUGUGGUCCUCAGCAACCUCCCGAUGGGGUGCAUCGAGUCGGAUAUCCACCGGGCCUUACUCAUGUAUGGCACCGCCGUCCACAUUGAGAUGCAUUCACAUGCAUCUCAGGCCACUGUGACAAUGCGCACGAAGCAGGAGGCCCAGGCACUGUUGAAUCGACGCUCUGUGAACGUCAUUGGCACCUCGGUGCGCGUGGACGCUCCGGUGCAGGGGCCACCACUGCAGCCGCAGCAUCACCUGACUCAACAGCAGCAGGCGAUGCCCCAAUCACCGCAACAUCUGCAGCAGCAACAGAUAGGUGGCUACGGGUAUGGCUCUGGUGAUGGUGCCCAGCAGCAACAGCCCAUCUACAGCAACAUGGCACCGCAGCAGUAUCCCCAACACGAGCUCAGUCGUCCGCCACAGCAGCACCUGCAGCCACAGCAGCUCUACCCACAACAACCACAGCAGAUGCCCUUGCAGUCGCAACCGCAAAGCACGGGCAGUUACAUUACAAACUCCAGCCACAGAGGCGGCGGCAGUGGCCACGCAAUCAUGCCAACGCCUCCUCAGCCUUCUCGGCGUCUACGUGUGCUUGUGGAGGACUGUCGCUACCCGAUUACCCGCGACGUACUCAUGCAGAUGUUCAGCAUGAUUGCUCCGCCCGCGAGUGUGUCGUGUGGCCCGUACGGCCCAACUACCACCGGCACGGUGGAGUUUGCAGACGCAGCGGCGGCGCAACAGGCCAUGGACCAAUUUCACAACAACGCAAUCUAUCCCAACUGCUGCUACAUCAAGCUGUACUUUGAGCCGAUGUGGGACCAAUUCGACCCCGCGCAGCCGCCUCAGCCGUUGCACCAACCGCACUUGUACGGCAACAGCAACAGCGGCUACGGCUAUCCGACGCAAAGCUCCACCAACUCGCCGCCCUCGGGGCAUGCGAAUCCGUACGGGGUGACAUCGCACGCCCCCGCUCAACCCGACGCGCCCGGCGCGGGCUGGGGCGGCGGCGAUAGUGCCCGAUGUUAUAGCGACUCCACCCCGUCAAAUGCCGCGCCGCAGUCGCAGCAUCCGCAGCCUGGGCAGUCCACAACCGAUCCUAACGGUGGCUGCCGAGACGGCUAUGGUGCCGGUUCAGGCUAUGCGCACGAUGGAGGCUCUGCAGUGCGACAGGGUGGCGAGGGUGAGACUACUCGUGGAAUGGCACCUGGGGCGAUAGGGCGAGGUGGCCGGGGCACCAUUCGGGGUGGUAUCGUGGGUCGUGGGAGCGGUCCGGGGUCCGGUGCUGCCACCGGCUUCAGCCCGUACGACUCCUCAGGGGCACCGCCGGCGCGAGGUGGCGGUAUCGGCGUCGUGCGCCCUCCGGGAUCGCAGGUGAGCCCCUGUAUCGUCUUGGUCAGCGGUGUGAACGAGUCGGCUCCUUUGUAUGACCUAUGGGUGCUAUUAGAGGUUUUCGGCAACGUGAACUCGUUGAAACGGCAGUUUCGCGAGCGCACGAACGUGGUGGCGCAGUUCCAACAUCCUGGCGAUACCUUGACGGCGAUUCAAUACCUGCAGCACUGCCCGUUUCGCGGUGGUGUGCUGCGGCUGAAGCGCUUCAGCGGGUACCAAGCGCGGGAGGCGGAGUGGGAAACGAAGUCGGCGACUGAUCCGACAGCCCAGGCUGCGGUUUUCACGACUGGUUAUCACCACCGCACACCGCCGCGAGCGCCAGUGAACGUGCGAGGCCGUGUGCGCCCAGACAAGAACCUGUACAUCACCAACCUCACGGAGGCCAUCCUGGAUGACGAGCUGAAGGGGAUCAUGAAGGAGGUCGGGUUUGAGCCAGACUCGUACUACCGUCGAGGUCCUACAGGAGUCAUUGUCGCCUAUAAGGAUACGGAGACGGCUGUAGACGCUCUCAUCGCGGUACACGCCAAGGAGGUGCGCGGUCGCUUUCUCCGAGUGACCUUCUCACGCUUCCCACCAGGUCCGCGGCCCUUGCGCGACGGCGUGGACAAAGGAGACGAGGACGACGACGGGGAUGCUGUGCAGUGCGGCGGUCAACAGGAGACGCCACCACCGCAUCAGCAGCAGCAACAGCAGGCGGCUGAGCCACCACAGGAAAGCGAGGCAGCGCCUCAAGAUUUUGCAGAGGCGCCGGUGCCGCCCCCGCCGCAGAAACCUGAGCCUCUUCCAGAGGGGGCGAACAGAGGCGAGGCGGAGUCGUCCGCACCUGAGGCAUCACCAAAGACGACGAAGGCAAAGACGAGGGCUGCAAAGAGGUAG